GCUGCCGCGCCACGACUCCUGAGGGUGGACGUCUGCCCUCAGUUUGACGGCUCCGCGCGGCGCUUCCUGUUCCCUCCUCAGCGUGGCUGCAGCUAGGGCCUUCGGCCUGAUCCAGCCCCCAUGGCUUCAGAAGAGCUACAGAAAGAUCUAGAAGAGGUAAAGGUGUUGCUGGAAAAGGCUACUAGGAAAAGAGUACGUGAUGCCCUUACAGCUGAAAAAUCCAAGAUUGAGACGGAAGUCAAGAACAAGAAAUCACAGAAGAAAGCGGAACUUCUUGAUAAUGAAAAACCAGCUGCCAUGGUUGCUCCCAUUACAAUGGGCUAUAAGGUGAAAAGCAGUAAUUAUGGAUGGGAUCAGUCAGAUAAGUGUGUGAAAAUCUACACUACCUUAAGUGGAGUGCAUCAAGUUCCCACUGAGAAUGUGCAGGUGCAUUUCACAGAGAGGUCAUUUGAUCUUUUGGUAAAGAAUCUAAAUGGGAAGAGUUACUCCAUGAUUGUGAACAAUCUCUUGAAACCCAUCUCUGUGGAAGGCAGUUCAAAAAAAGUCAAGACAGAUACAGUUCUUAUAUUGUGUAGAAAGAAAGUGGGAAACACAAGGUGGGAUUACCUGACCCAGGUUGAAAAAGAGUGCAAAGAAAAAGAGAAGCCCUCCUAUGACACUGAAACAGAUCCUCGUGAGGGAUUGAUGAAUGUUCUAAAGAAAAUUGAUGAAGAUGGAGAUGAUGAUAUGAAGAGAACCAUUAAUAAAGACUGGGUGGAAUCAAGAGAGAAGCAAGCCAAAGGAGUUUUGAGACUUUAAGGUCCUUUUGGGAACUGUGAUGUGAUGUGGAAAUACUGAUGUUUCCAGUAAGGGAAUAUUGGUGAGCUGCAUAUAUAAAUUUGACAGAUAGCUAUUUACAUAGUCUUCUAAGUAAAGGCAGUGAAUUCUCCAUUUCCUACUGGAGGAUUUAUUUAAAUAAAAUAUGCUUAUUAAACACUCCUGCAAACAUGGUUUUAUUAGUAUCCUGGUCAUUUUGUUCAAGGAAGGGUUAUAAUUGCAUUCUCAUGUGAAAUAUAAAAAGCAAGUCUUGCCCAA